AAUACGAAGAACCCUGCGAUAAUUUUCGAAUCGUUUCUGCCAUUUUUACAACAACCAGACUCUAAAAUCUUUAAACAAAAUACAAGGACUCGGAAGAAGAGGAUGAAAGAAAAAAGGCAAACGAGAGAGAGGAACAAGUUUUUCCCUUUUUCUUCUCGUAUUUAAAAAGAAAAUUCAAGAAGUUGGAAUUUAAUUGGAAUCAACUAUGGAUGAUGACGCAAGCAAUAAGUCGCCUUCGUCCACCCGUGAGGAAAUUCAUGUUAAAUAUGAAACACCAACAUACAGUGGGUUUGGUGGGCCCUUAUAUAAGGAUGGUUUCGUAACACAGGGAAGAUACGCUGCUGUUGGCAUGGACCUCGCCGCUUCGUUUCCGAACCUCCUUCUACCCGACCAUCAAGCCAGACAAAGAUCUGGUGAGUCAGAUUCCGGAAUGCAGAUCAAGUUAGAGUCAGACUUAUCAAGUUUAAUCUCGAAGAAGGAACAACAAUUGUCCCACAUGAUCAACCAACUAAGUCACCUACGUAAUCAACUUGUAAGGAGCAACGAACAGCGGAAGCAUUCGUUUGAAACAGCGGAAUCGAGCUUCCAUUAUUACCAACAAUCCCUACAUAAACAGAACAAAAUGGCCGAUCUAGGUGAUUCCCCAUAUACGUCACAAACUUCAGGAUCGUUAAAGAAAUCAGUCAAGCGUUUCAAAGAUACGAAACCACACAACUCAAAGAACGUGACGCAACAACCACGAAGCGAUUUAUCAAUCAUGACGUCAUUGCCUUUUCGCGAAGCGAAAUUUUCAAGAGAGGAAGGUUGGAAGAAUACGAUCGCGUCGACGAAUAAUGACGUAACGAUGACGUCACCUCCAGUAUCGUCGAAAAACACAAAACCUUUUCAGAAUCGUUUAAGUGAGUCUUCUUCAAGGGGAGCUGUUUAUUGUGAACCGACAAGAGGUGUAAAACACGGUAAGAAUCACAUCAAGCGUCCAAUGAACGCAUUUAUGGUUUGGGCCAAGGACGAACGACGGAGGAUUCUUCAGGCGUUUCCAGACAUGCAUAACUCGAACAUAAGCAAGAUAUUGGGGGCCAAAUGGAAGGAGAUGUCAAGUAAUGAGAAACGACCUUUCUACGACGAACAAACCAGAUUGAACAAACUGCAUUUAGAGAAAUAUCCGGAUUAUAAAUAUAAACCAAGACCGAAACGAACUUGCAUUGUGGACGGGAAACGACUUCGAAUAUCCGAGUACAAGGCGCUGAUGCGACACCGAAGGAAUGAACAGAAACAACAAAACGAUGGGAACACCCCAAAGUUUGCGAAAUAGUGAUCUAUGCUUGCCUAACCUGGAUUCGAAUCCAUCACCCUCUAACGCAGGAAUAAUCGUUUUCUUUCCCGGACUUUGUGUGAAUAUAUUGAUAUCUGGUGUAUGAAACUUUUAUUGUUGUUAAAGAAAGAAUGAACUUACUUUAUCCCUGCAUGGCGGGGCAACGACAGUCGUUAUAACACGGAUGUUCUGUUUCAUACACCUCGUGCUCGCUUACAAGUUCCACGUAUGUAACUUUGUGGGUGAUUGUUUAUCUGUAUGACCAACACUUUAUACGACUCCUAUUAUCAAUAACCACUGCCUUAAACCCAAUGUUCCUUGUCUAUGUUUUGUUCCUCUUCAGUCACUUUGCAUUCGCUGCCAUAAUCGUGUUCGUUGUAUUUGCUAUGAUAACGUCAACGGGGAAUCCCCCACUACGUAUCAAACUGCCUUUUCUCCUUGUUUUAUCCUUCGGGCUAAAGUGCCAGUCCUCGCAUUUAAUGCAGUUCUGCGCAGUAUAAGAGGUGUUGGCGGUGUGAACACCAAAGUUGAGCUGUCGCAAUUCUGUUGGCUUGAUUAAAACUGCAAAUUGCCAAAUGAUCUAAAAACGUUUCAUCCUUCGAGCUUACGCGCUAAAGUUACUUUGCAGUCCAGUAUUUUUCAGCGUUUGCAAUGUUAGUAGUAGUAUGUGUGCAGCAGAUACGAAGUAGCAACGUUUUUAACUCGAUCUAUAAGUUAGAAGUUUAGCCUUGUAUAGUUUUAAUUUAUUAUAAGUAGUAGCAGCUUAUAACGACAAAUCGCACGAAACGUUCUUUUCCUCGGGCAAACGACGCUUCAGUGCAAAGGGAGCGGUGUUUCUGCAGCAGAUAGGUUGUUAUGGCUCUUGCUGACUCACUUAGUUUGAUAAACAGAAGCAGAGUCCGUAUAUAAACACGGACUCUGGACAGAAGGUAUAAAAUACGUUUUAAUCCUCGGGCAAUUCGUGCUUGCCGCUGC